AACGGGCACAGGCAGGGAUGAAAACAUCUGAACGUCCCACAGUGAAACCUCAGCUAGUUCCCUUGGUGAAAGACAACCAAACUCCAUCUAAAGUUGAAAUGGUAUCUACAGCUCCAGUUGAAACCAAACUGGAUGAGAAGCCUGCUGGAGAUGAAAAGAAUGCUGUCUCUCAUCAAGAAAUAAAGACAGAGUUUACUGUAGAGAGUACUGAUGCCAAGGCAACUGAUGAAAUCACCCCAACAAAAGAGCCCCCUAAGCAAAACGAAACUCAACCAAAUAAUGCGAAAACUCAGCAAGAGCCACCCAAGGAUACAACCACUCCUGUAAAAUCUGCUAUACCUACCGAGCUUGGACCCCCAAAACAGGAAUCACAUUUUCUGGGUUUUGGAUUAGGUGGUCCUAAAGCACAGCCUACAUCUUCUAAACCAUCUGAGUCAAACACAGAAAAGUUCUUUGGUGGAUUUGGUGGCCUGACAGAAACAGCUAGAUCUCGAUCACCAUCCCCACAGUCAGUUUCUGCUGUCUCUGGAAAAGUUCUGGGUUUUGGAUCCUCAUUAUUUAGCUCAGCAUCUAAUCUUAUCUCCUCAGCUGUUCAAGAUGAGUCAUCUACAACACCCCCAACUCCACGACAAGGCUCCACAGUUUCUAUUGAGUCUGGUAAAUCUGCCACAGCACCAGCUUCUCGCAAAGGCUCAGUGGCUUCUGCCAAGACUACACCGGCAGCAUCCUGCAAAGGAUCUGCUGCAACAGAACCCAACAAAGUACUUCCUGAAAAAGAGAACAAUGCACCUGUCGGAAAGAAACCUGAGCAGCUCAAUGAAAGCAAAGUAUCAAGGUUACCUACUUCAGAAAUGGAUAAACCUGAACAACAUCCUGAAAGUUUACCUCAACCAUUCACCUGCCCACUCUGCAACGUGGAUCUUAACAUGGGCUCAAAGGACCCUGCUAAUUACAACACCUGCACUGAAUGUAAAAACAUUGUAUGUGAUCUCUGUGGAUUCAACCCUGUGCCUCACCUUGCUGAGACUGAGUGGUUGUGUUUGAUUUGUCAAACACAGAGAGCUCUAGCUGGGCAGCUGGGAGACAUGGGAAAAAUAACAAUAUCCAGCCCAGUAUCCACAAAAGAAAAGCCUACAGUCACACCCAAAACACAGCUGUCUGAGACUUCUGCACAGACACCUAUUCCAAAAUCUGAGCCAAAACUAUCAGAGGCAGAGGAGGAGAAAACCAUCCCUACUACUUUUGUAAAGGCAGUGGUGACCAUUCCAGUGUUCCCUGCACCUCUCCCUGCUGUUCCUACUGCAGAUAUGCUGCAGACAGAGAUGACAGCUGUGGUGGCACCAGUAUCAGCUGCAGAGACUCAAAAAACUGUUAUUACUGCUGCUGCAGUCCCUUUAAAAGAAACAGUCAAAGACAAAGUCCCCGAUGAGUCACAAGUAGAGAAAGAACCGAUGUCUAUGCUUCCAGCAGUGUCAACUGAGGCAGAUAAGGUUAAAGAGGAUACAUACACUCAACCUGCAAUAGAAGGACAACAAAAAGAUGUUGUGGUACAGAUAGAUAGCAGUCUUCCAGAAAUUUCUAAAGUAUACACCUUAAAAGCAGAUAUUAAAGAGCAACAUAGAAAGGACAUCUUUCCGGUAUCAGUAGAAUCAUACAGCUCGGCUGAGGAGGAGCUUAAGGAGAUACAGAGAGUCAGUGAAAUGACCAUAAAAGAAACUACUACAAAACUGUUGCCUGUCAGAACAUCAGACAGUGUAAAACAAUACCAUGAGGACAGCAGUGAGAGUGAACCCUCCCCUCAGAUACAGAGAAGAAGAGUGAGGCCUGCUUCCUCCAGCAGUGAGGACUACAAACUAGACAGUUCAAAUUCCGGAGAUGACGAAGAGUUCAUACGAAGACAACUUAUGUGCAUGGGUGAAGAGGAGAACUUACCUUCUGUUGAGGAAAAACACAGAGAAGAACAACAAACACAGCAAGAAACCAGAGACGUCGAAAAAUCUGAUGAUUCCAUGAAGACUAAAAGUGCUCUAAAGAAACUUAGUGUAGAGCCUGAGGAGAUUUCUGAUAUCAGUCUGUCUUCUCAUGACCAAGAUGAUCAAGUUGCCCAAGCCAUCCCUGUCCCAGAAGCAUUAGAAGAAAUCAGAGUGGAAAUAGAUGUGUCAAAUGACAAUGAACAUAUCAUAGCUAAUGACACCAGAGAGGAACAUGAGAGUCUGAUUGAAGACUCAUCUAAGGGUGAUGGGUCGUCCAGUGUUCAGGUGUCUAGUAUCAAUCCAGGAACAGCUUCUCCUACUUCCGUAUCCUCUAUUGAUGAAGACAGUGAUAGUAGCCCAAGUCAUAAAAAGGCACAAGCAGAGGGUAGACAGCAAAGAAAGGCAAAACACAGACCUCAUGGCCAGGCCCUUCUCACUAUAGAGGACUCGUCUGAGGAUGAGUUACGUGAGGAGGGUGAAAACAUGGAUCAAGAAGAUGAAAGAGAUGAUCAGCAGCAGUUAAGAAAGGCCACAAAAAAAUUUAAGAUGGAAAGAGAUGAUCUGGGCAUGCGAAGGAGACGUGAUAAUUUGAUUAAAACUGAUAAAUUGAGGAAGGCAGCAGGGAUGGAUGAACAGAAGUCCUCUUCCUUCUCUGACUUUUCACCUAGUUUUGAAUCUGAACCAGAAAAUGCAGAAUACAGAACAUUAUCAUCUGAAACACAUGAUGCUGCAGAGAAGCCAUUAAAGAGUUCUGAAGAGGUAUAUGAGGAAAUGCUGCAGAAAGCACAGGAAUACAAAACAUCAGAAAAAUACACACCACCCGAUAUUGAACCAUUAUACGGAGGCAUGUUAAUAGAGGACUAUGCUUAUGAAACUUUAGUUGAAGAACAAGAACAGGCUGCAACAGCUCUGGGUAAAGUCACCCAUGAGCAAGAUUUGAGAAAGUUGUCUGAACAUGAGUCGGUGAGAAUACUUAUGACACCAGAUGAGGCUUAUGAGGAGAUGUUGCAUAAAAGGAGCAAGAUCAUGCAAAAAGAGAAGGAGGCUCAGCAAACACAUGCAACAAAGGUUGUCACAUCCUUGCCACUUGAUGUCAGUGACACUUGUUAUGUGACUAUUUCUGGAAAUUAUGCACUUAUUACAGAUAAAAAUGCAAAGCCACUGUCACCAACAGAGAAUGCCUAUGGAGAGCAAUUGAAGACACAACAAGAUGUUUUCACACCGGGAACAAGUCCAACACAGUCAACUCCUGUGUCUCCUGCCUCCCCUCUAACUGUGUCUGAGUCAUCAUAUGAUUCCCCUGAGGUGAUUCUUAUCCCUUCAAGUGGGGAAGAAGACAACCUUGCUGAACCUAUAGAUUGCAUUUUGGAGCCUUAUAUUACAGAGUCCACAUCGACUCAGGAUGGAUUUGGGAAUAAAGCGUUAUAUCCAAUUCCUGACUUAAAGAUCACUCAGUGCUCCUCUGGUGAAGAGGAAGUUGAAGAGGAGUACUGUGUCACAUUGGAAAAAAUGUCAUCUGAGCCAACUAAUAUCCCUCAAAGUGAAGAGGAACCACAAGACCCAGAAGAAUCAUUUGAGACUCUUCCCAUUUCUGUAAUCUGUGAAGUUCCCUCAUCAAAACAUAUUGUGGAGACAACAGCAAUAUCACCACUAUCUCCACCAACAGUCUCAUCCCCAGAUUCAAAUAUAGAACUAACAACAGCACCAUCAUCCUCUCCGGUUUCUGACCAGACAUCUGAAGUAACCACUCCAGCUAGCCCCAGUGUUGCUGAAAUUUCUGCCCCAGUUGUAAUUCACAUGCCAGACUUGGUGUCUGAGCAAGCCACAACAUACCCAUCAGCAAGUGCUCCUGUUGCACCUUCCACACAUAUUAUUGGAUCCCCUUCACCGGUCAUUCCAGCCUCACCACAUGUCUCAGAAAAUGCUGGCACUCCGACUCCUUCUGAAAUUCUUGUUUCAAAGCCAACACAAGGUCCAAAACCAACUCCUGCACCAAAACCAACAGUUAUACCAAAACCUAAACAGGAAACAGUCCCUACUCCAGAUAGUCUUUCAUCCUUUAUACUGAAUUCAGCUAAUCAAGAUUUAGCUCAGAAACCUUUGGCCAGUGCAAUACAUGAAUCACUUUCAGAUUCUAAAUCAGACUCUAUAGACAAACAAGUUCUUGCACAAAUAAUUGAUCCAAAAGUAGACUAUGUAAAAACUCAUAAUACUACAGUUGCUACACCCAUUGUUCAGUCUCAGAAAAGACCUUUAACACAAACCUCUGUUGUUGUUCAAAUGCCCGAUCUUGUGUCCCCUGCAUUAGACCAUCCAGUUCUAGAACAAACUCAAGUUUCAGCACCUAACCUGCCAUCCACUGCACUCAGAAAUCAGAUUCCUACAGCUACCACCGUUGUUGUCCAAAUGCCAGAACUGGUUACAUCUCCAUCUCAAUCAAUCUCUGUGACUUUUCCAGUACCUUCUCUAACCUAUGCCCCACUUCCAGCUACAGUUUCAGCGGUGGAUCAAGCACCUAUUUCUGUUCCAACAAUGGUAUCAGCCGCGAUACCAGCAAAGGUUAUCUCUACAGACCAGACUAGCUCAGCUGUUGAAGUGGUCACACCACCAUCUGCUCAAUCCAGUAUUCCUGGUUCAGCAAAAGAGACUCAACCACCAACCAGUGUUUCUAUUCAGAUUCCUGUUCAGAUGCCAGAAGAAACCAGAUCAGACAUGGCACCCCAGUUAGGCCAGGCAGUCACUAUUUCACCUCCAGCAAGUCAUAGAGAGCAAAUUGCUGCAAAGACAGUCUCUGUUGUUUUUCCCACUGUUACUACAACUGUUGCUUUUGGAACUUCACCCUCCCAACCAGUUCAAUCAAUGCUGACCAAUAUUCAGCCAACAAUGGUGGAAAUUCAGAAGGAAAAUGUACCAGAUGAUGGAAUUUCUCCACAACAGUCAGAUUCACAAAUAAUUUCUCCUGUACAGACAGAGCAAGGUCAAGUUGUUGUCAAAUUGCCAAAUCUUGAAAAUGUGGCAUUUAAAACAACUAUUGAAGAUGGGAGAGGCCACCCUGUUAUUGUUAGUGUUUCUCCUUUUACCUAUCCAGCGGAAAUGUCAAGUUUCAUCACUGAUUUAACAGUUCCACAUUGUGUGACAUCUGCAAAACCCCAUGUUUCUCAUGAAAGAACAGAUAAACCAGUGAUUUCAUUUCCACCACCUCCUCAAGCUUCACCACCAGAAUUGCCAUAUAGCGCAGUACCCAAGGCUGAUUUUAACCAGCGAAAGACUAUUCCAACUCCCUCAUCAGUUACAGCAACUCUACCCAAACCCCCACCAAAUGUGGCCAGUAUAAAUAUAAAACCAGCUGUGACCCCAACACACAAAUCACCACCCGCUGUUCCCCCCAAACCUAUAUGCAUUCCACCAGGACUGGUAUUUAGUCACAGAUCAAGAGAGAGCGUUAAGCCACCAGUUAGCCCUGAGACAGUAGUUGUUCAAGCAGUUCGUGCUGCAACUUUGCCAAGAACAAGGGAACCUCCAAAUGCAUUGUCACUAAGUUUGACUGCCCCUGUAGAGACCAAGCACAGUGCUUCAUCACCAAAAUCACCUUUGUCACCCAGAUUUGCUAGAACUCUUGAAACAUAUGUGGUGAUAACAUUGCCCUCAGAACCAGGAUCACCUGUUGAGGGCAUUACAACUCAAGCACCGAUGAGAAGAUCAUCACUGCCAACUCCCAGACAGCAGGUUCAAUCUGUGUUUGCUCCAGCUUCAGUGGAUGCACCUGUGUCAUUAAUUUCAGCACAAAUUGUAGCAGCUCCACCAAAGCUUUCCUCAGUUUUAAAUACAGCUGUGCCCAUUGAGGUGAUGUCACCUGACUUUGCUUCAGUCACAACAGAGACUCUAGCUGCUGUUUCAAGACAAAGUAUUACGGAACCUUGUGUAACAGUCCCAGAGCUGCCAGUGGCUUCUGUACAAACAUUUGUUUCAGCACCUCUUGUAGUGACAUCAUCAGGAGUAGCACAGUCUAUGGCUGUUGUUCCUCAUAUCACAAUGGAGAAUACAAUUAAUUCCCCAUCUGCAAUUAUAACACCACAUGAUACAGCAUCAGUUGUAAUUGCACCUACUGUUUUGAUUUCAGCAGCACCUGUUGCAGCAGCACCACCACCGCCCAUUGCUAUGGAACCAACAGCAUAUCCAGCAAUAGUGUACCCCAAACCUUCCUUGAUUUCUCCUCUUCUCUUAGCUCCACUGUCAGGAGUUUCUGUUGAUUCUGUUCCUCACAAUACAGUGAGUGAUGUGCAACAUGAACUUGAAAUGCAACAAAUGCAAACAACAUAUUCUGCUCCAAUAACAAUAACCCAGAUUCCAAUCCCAACUAAAAAUGAAGACAUUCCUGGUUUGGAUAUGGAAGAAGUACUAAUAGUCUCAGCUUCUGAAGAGGUCUUACCCGAACUGGGUCCAUUACCAGUACCAAUAACACAGCUUCGAGGGCACCAAGCAGUUUAUGAGCAAAAAAAAGAAAUCCCAUUAAUGAACUCUGAAACAACUGUGCCACCAGUACCAGUCACAUUUACACAAUUUACAAAAUCUAUUGAGAGUCAAGAAAUCUGUGGACAAGAUAAAGUUAUAUCAAGCAUGAGCCAAGUCUACUCUGCAAUCUCAACAACUGAGCAGCAUCCUGAUGCAUUGCCUAAUAUUGUAACCCAAGUUGUCACGACUGAAGUACAAAGAACUACAACUGUGUCAGUUUUCCAGGAGAGGAUUCCUGUCGAACCCAUACAUGAACCUGUGGGUGCUACAGUCACAAUCCAGCCAGAAGUCCAUCCAAAGCCUAAACAAAAUGGAAGAAUACACUACCCUAGUGACAUUAUAGAUCUUACCACAUUUAAAGUCAAUGUUACAAUGACUGACCAAGGAAUGGAUCUGACAGCUCCAGAUUUAAAUAAGUCUUCCUUGUCAAGUGACUCAAGUGGGCGACAGGCCACUGCUGUACAGCCUGAAAUUGUGAAUCUUAGUGCUGAAAUAAUCCCCACUACAACACUCUCUGUUGUAACUGACAGCAUAACAAUUGUCACUUGCACAGCUACAGUUGCCUACAACAACAACCCAAUUGACAAGCCUCUGGACCUAGGACAUGCUGCUUCAGUGCCUCUUCCACUUACCACAUAUAAUCCAUUUGAGCCACUUGCACAGAUAGUGUACAGACCUGUGAAUUCACAGCCUAAGCCUGCAACCAGUGAAGAGAUUCCUGUUAACCUUUCAUACAGAGCUGCAACCACAGCUCCUACUCUUAUGCCUGUAACUAUAGCCCCAGUGAGCUUCACAAAUGGCACUAGUGGUAAACCAAUACAUAUAGAGCCAUCGGCAGUUGGACCUGUAGACCUCACCACAUCUAAGCCAAUGAAAACCAUGGUUGCUUUGUCCUCAUCCUCUGGAGUGGUCACAACUGUUUUGGAAGAUGAUGGUACACCAGUUGAUCUAACAUCUGGAAGACGGACUGCUUGCUGCGAUGUUAUUUACAGGUUUCCUUUCACAGGGAGCUGUAGAACACAACCUCCUGUGACCACACAACCAGACAAUCAAAUUGGCUAUCAAAUUGAAAAUCACACAACACCUGUCAUUGAAGAUCUCACUACCAUGAAGUCUUCGAUAUCUGACAGUGAUUUCAGAGAGGCUGGACUCUUUGGUUAUGAAAGAAAGAAUGGAUUCACAUAUCAGAAUGGGGCACCUGAGGGGGCUAUUGAUUUGACAUCAGCUAAAAUGUCAACAGAAGAAGCCUUAGACUACUCAAAGAAAGGCACUUUGGCAUGUACUGGGAUCACCACUACUCCAUAUUCUGAAGGAACGUCAUUUGCCAUUAGUAGUUUACUAAGAUCGACAAAUGGAAUCGUUUAUUCAUCUGUUGCUGCACCUGUUCCCUCCACAUAUGCAAUUACCACCCAACCAGGUUCAAUAUUCAGCACAACAUACAAUAGUCUCACCAAUUCUACAGAUCCAUUUUCAGCACUUCAAAAUCAGCCUGCUCCAUAUGGCUUUGUACACACCACAGCCACAGACCAUUCAAUAUUCCCACAGCCUGAUAUAUCAAAGGAUAUUCUACCUUCUGCAUUAGCCAAUCUCCUUCCCUCCCUGACAGCAUUCCCUGAGCUCUACUCAGAUGCUACUCUUGAGGUAAUAGCAGCCUCCCUGGACAUGCUGGUAUCCCAGAAUUUCCCUGAUUUAGAUGACAGCAAGAGCCAACAGUACAAGGCUGAACAUGAGUUCUUACAAUUAGAGAAAUUGAAACAGCUGUGUUUAGCGGAAGAACUUGAAUGGGAGAGGCAAGAGAUACAGCGUUACCGUGAGCAAGAACAGAUCAUUGUUCAGAAGGAGCUGGAGGAACUUCAAAACAUGAAGCAGCAACUUCUAAUGCAGCAAGAAGAGGAACGCAAAACCCAUAUGAUUCUUCAGCAAGAAACUUUUGCACAGCAGCAAUUUCAGUUAGAGCAAAUCCAUCGAUUACAGCAGCAACUCGAGCAACAAUUAGAAGAGCAAAAGAUAUACCCAUACGGGUUCAGGCCAAGUAAGUGUAUUUCCCCACCCUUGAGCUCAGACAUCAUACUUGACUCAAAAUAUUCUGGGGGAGAUAAUGGACAGUACUGGCCAGUGAAGGAUGACAAUUCAGCAUCAUCUGCAGUGUCCACCCAUGACUCCACAUCAGGUCAAAACUGGCAAACAACAACUUCUGGGGCUUUUACACAGAAUAGUUCAAGCAUUCCUGCAUCAGUGAGUGCUCAGACAAAGGAUCAAAUGCAGUUGUCCACAAACUUGCCAGAUACAGCCAAGCAAGAUCAAAGUGUGGGGUUAAGUGGAAAGAAACUGGUUGAGAGUGGUGUUCAAACGGAUGAUGAAGAUGGGGUUGAAAAGAUUCCUUCUGGUAGAAGGAGAAGAAGUAGGAGAAGUGUAGAUAGCUGUGUGCAAACUGAUGAUGAGGAUCAGUAUGAAUGGGAUGUCCCCGUUCGGAGCAGACGCAGGUCUCGUUCCAGUAGAUAUGCUGAUGGAGAGAAGGGAAAAAGCUCCAAGGUAUCAAGUAUUGCAAUUCAGACUGUAGCAGAGAUUUCAGUUCAGACAGAGCAUUCAGGGACAAUUAGGAGAUCUCCUGUGCGGGCUCAGGUGGACACAAAAGUAGAUUUACACAGAGAGGGCCAAACAGAAAGUGAUUCAGAAUUUAUGUCAGACAGAGAUAAAAGACGUCCAGCUCCUUCUGAGAUAAGUGUCAGCACACAUCUGACAGCUGAUGAUGUUGGAACAUUGUUAGUUACCAAAUCUCCAAAGAUAUUAUGCUCCCCAGUUUCACCAGUGUCCCCUGGAAAAAGCUCACAGAAGAUGCUUACUGCUGAUUCAUUGAGGCAUCUCAGUAGUCUAAAAUCACUAAGGGCCUCACAACGAUCUCUAUCUGACCCCAAGACACUCAGUCCGACCACUGAGGACAGAAUGAUGUACCAAUACUCAGACACCUACUCAAGCAAAGGUUCUCAGAGCGGCACACCAGUUGGCACUCAGAAGAAAGUAAAACGCACACUACCUCAUCCACCACCGGAAGAAGAUACCCUCAUUGGCCUCUCUGGGUACACCACUGCUUCUGCCAGAAGACGAUUGUGCAGGAACACCACUAUGGCACGGGCCAAAAUCCUCCAAGACAUAGACAAAGAGCUGGAUUUAGUUGAACGUGAGUCCUCAAAACUCCGUAAGAUUCAGGCAGAACUUGAUGAAGAGGAGAAAGAGAUAGAUGCUAAAUUGAGGUAUCUGGAGAUGGGUAUAAAUCGAAGAAAAGAGGCUUUACUGAAAGAGAGAGAGAAGAGAGAGAGAGCCUACUUACAGGGAGUAGCAGAAGACCGAGACUACAUGUCAGAUAGCGAGGUCAGCAACAUCAGAGAGGCACGAGGUAAUGGUCAUGGACUAGAACGGCCACGGACUGCCCCACAGUCAGAGUUUAACCAGUUCAUUCCACCACAGACUGAGUCUGAGUCCCAGUAUGCACAGCUUAUGAGUCCAUACUCCCAUUAUCAGUAUGAAUCCCAAACAAGUCAGUGUCCUCAAACGACAUUGUACCAGCAGCAGUCUCUUUACCAUCAGCAGGUGUCCCCCUACCAAUCCAUCUACUCAUCAGUGCCCUCACUCAAUCAGCAGUCCCAGAAGACUGGCUAUGACCAUUCCUCACUCCUCCUGAUGCAUCAGAAACCCAGUCAGACUACUUUGUCUGAUUUAGAACCAAAGAUUACGACAAACUAUGAGGUUGUACGCAACCAGCCCCUCCUAAUUGUCCCUACAUCCACAGAGAGUGCGUACGGAGUUUCCCAUCUCGGUGGCAAAUACAGUAGCCUUGAUCUGAGGAUGGGCUUGGAAGAGAGGGCCAGCAUGGCCAGCAGUCCCAUGUCCAGCAUAUCAGCUGAGUCUUUCUAUGCAGACCUUGACCACCACAAUGCCAGGAACUAUGUGUUGAUUGAUGACAUCGGCGAACUCACAAAGAGCUCUGCAGGUCUUGGUUCAAGCUUCAGUAUCGGUGAAAAGGAUAUAAGCAAAGCUGACCGACUUCUCCGGACGGCUGAUGUUCGUCGGACAGCAGAUGUGGCAGACUUUCUUGGACCUCUUCAGGCUGCUUCUCGAUUGCAUUCAUAUGGUAAAGCAGACGAAGAUUCCAUGGAAGAGCCAUAUGAAUUGAAGAUGUUGAAACAACAAAUUAAGCAGGAGUUCCGACGUGGUAUGGAUAGUCUCGAACAGCUUACAGGCCUGCCUCACUACCUCCACUCUGACGUUAAUUUUGGGCAUUUGCCCAAAGCUGACAAAUAUAGCAUUGGGAGACUAACUUUAGAGAAGCAAGCUGCCAAGCAACUUCCGGCCUCAGUUCUUUACCAGAAACAGCUAAAGAAUAAAAAAGCACUAAUUGACCCCAAAAUUACAAAGUUUUUGCCUAUCCAAGAGAGCAGGGACCAUGAGCUAGAUUACAGCACUUUUUUAUCAUCUGCCAGCUCAUCAGUUGGUGGACUGUCUGCCAGGGCAAGGCUACUGCAGGAUGAGAUCACAUUUGGUCUUAGGAAGAACCUUGCGGAGCAACAUAAAUAUUUGGGUUCAGAUCUUGGAGCUAGCCUGUCUCAGUCACUCAACUAUGGCCAAUCUCUCAAUCUAGGGCCUACCAUAAGGUCUUCCCUUCAUGAUGAUGGCACCUACCCCAGUGGCACUCGGUCAAGACCUUCCUCUAGACCUUCCUCUGUAUAUGGACUGGACCUGUCUAUCAAAAGAGACUUGUCAAACUCAUCAUUACGCCUAAAAACAGAGGGUGAGGGUAUGGAUUCCCAGUUUGUAUCUAGGGCUAAACCAACAAGUCUGCCAAUUAGUCAGAGCAGGGGUCGAAUUCCCAUUGUUGCACAAAACUCUGAAGAGGAGAGUCCACUGAGCCCUGUAGGUCAGCCCAUGGGCAUGGCCAGGGCAUCUGCAGGCCCACUCCCACCCAUCUCAGCAGACUCACGGGACCAGUUUGGCUCCAGUCACUCUCUUCCAGAAGUCCAACAGCACAUGAGAGAGGAGUCCAGGACAAGUGGCUAUAAACGGGACAUUGCUUUUAUAAAGGAUGACCUUCAGGGGGCCAUGUCAGAUAGCGAAGCUGGACGUCCUAGCUGGAAUGUGAAAGCAUAUCAACUUCAGCACGAAGAGACAGACUGGUUUGACGAACCCCGCCAGGGACGUGGUGGACCAGAAGCUGGGGCAGAGAGAAGACAGAUGAAAGGCGGCAAUUACCCCUUCCCACACUCUCGCAUUAAACUGCAAAGGGACCCUAAGGACCACACCGUCUCAGGCAGUGGGCUGGGAAUUAGAGUUGUGGGUGGAAAAGAGAUUCCAGGGACCAACGGUGAGAUCGGAGCCUACAUUGCCAAGGUUUCAGCAGGGGGAUGUGCUGAGCAUACGGGAAAAGUUGUUGAAGGAAUGCAGGUUCUAGAGUGGAAUGGAAUCUCUCUGCUGGGAAAAACAUACGAAGAAGCGCAAAGCAUUGUGGGUCAGCAGUAUGGAGAGGCAGAAAUAUGUUUGCGCCUAGACCUAAACAUGCUCUCCGGCACAGAACACCCUCAGCAAAUGGAGCACCAUACUCAGUUGAGAACUGGUGAGCAUCAGCGUUCUCCAGGUGUUGACCCAAAGCAGCUGGCUGCAGAGCUGCAGAAGGUAUCGCAGCAGCAGACUCCUGCUUCCGUGCUGUCUGCUCUGGAGAGAGCGGGACACUUGCACUCUGGCACCGGAUCUGCCGCUUCAAGUGGGGUCCCCAGCCCUGGGCAACCCGGGUCCCCUUCUGUCAACAAGAAGCGUCAUAGUAGCAAGUCAGCAGAGGUUCUGAAGUCACAACCGCAUCCAAUCACUGGUGAAAUACAACUUCAAAUCAACUAUGACAGGAAUAUGGGCAAUCUGAUUGUUCACGUGCUACAAGCAAGAAACCUCGCUCCUAGAGAAAACAAUGGAUACACAGACCCUUUUGUUAAGGUCUAUCUCUUGCCAGGGAGAGGCCAAGUCAUGGUUGUCCAGAACGCAAGUGCUGAAAACAAGAGAAGGAUUAAAUAUGUCCAGAAGACCCAGAACCCAGAGUGGAACCAGACCGUCAUUUAUAAAAACAUCCAUUUGGAGCAGCUGAAGAAGAAAACUCUGGAGGUUACUGUGUGGGAUUAUGACAGAUAUUCCUCAAAUGAUUUUCUGGGAGAAGUGCUCAUUGAUCUCUCAAACACAGCUCAGCUGGAUAACACACCUCGCUGGCACCCCCUAAAGGAGCAAAGUGAAAGUAUUCACCAUGGAAGAACACACCCUCCUCAGGGGCCCGACGGCUCCGGGGGACUCGGAGGUCAGGGCGGCUCUGGCAGUCAGGGGGGCCCUGGAGGGCCAGGAGGUUCUGGAGGUCAAGGAGGGCAACCAGAGAACCAGCAGUCCCCUAAAACCGCCGUCAUUAAGAGCCGAAGUCAUGGCAUUUUCCCUGACCCUGCUAAAGAUACACAGGUCCUUACAAUAGAAAAGUCCCACAGUAGUCCCGGCAGCUCCAAAUCUUCCUCUGAGGGUCACUUGCGCUCCCACGGCCCCUCACGCAGCCAGAGCAAAGGCAGCGUCACCCAGGCCCACCUGGAAGAAGCCGGGAACGCCAUCGCUGCAGCUGAGGCUGCGGUGCAACAGGCCCGACUCCAGCCAAAUAAAGCAAGCCACAAAAUAAUUGAUGGGGAUGCAUACACUCUGGACAGUGAAGAUACUUUGGGCACUAACGCUGUGGACAGUGCCAUAUUUCAGGUCCCUCAGUUGAAAAACAUUCCAAAUGGAACAGAUAAAGGCAGUGGAAUUGAAUCUUUGAACCUGUCUGAUUCAGAAGGUAAGAUGAUGGGUGAGAUCAAGGUUGCUUUAAAGAAGGAAAUGAAGACAGAAGGAGAGCAGCUGGUUCUUGAGAUCCUGCAGUGCAGAAACAUCACCUACAAGUUCAAAUCUCCUGACCACCUACCUGACUUGUAUGUAAAGCUUUAUGUGGUGAAUGUGGCCACUCAAAAGAAGAUCAUAAAGAAGAAGACCAGAGUGUGUCGGCACGACAGAGAGCCAUCAUUCAAUGAGACAUUUCGUUUGAAUCUGAAUCCUGUUGGCCACUCUAUUCAGCUGUUCCUGGUGUCAAAUGGAGGGAAGUUUAUGAAGAAGACCCUGAUUGGUGAGGCCUACAUCUGGCUGGACAAUGUGGACAUGCGUAAGCGGGCCGUCAGCUGGCACAAGCUAGUGGCCACAACCAGUCAAACACAGCCAUAACCACAUGCCAUCCAUCUCCCAUCAAUGCCCUCCAAAAAAGAGAAAUAAAACAGGAAAAGGUGGGUUUGUGAGUCUGGAAUGACUGAUAGAUCAUGGAAAGAGUCCAUUCACCAAGACAGAGACAUUUAUGUCCACUCCCAGAGCACUGCUAUUGCAGGAGUCAUUUCUGCAACUACAUUCUACAUAUCUAAAAUAUCUUAGGCAUGGGCCGAUUAGGAAUACAUUUCAAUGUCAUUUCUGCUUUUAUUAAAAUCCGAAAUCAUAUAUAUUUCUCGCAAAAAAACAUUGUUCGUAAGAGGAUAGAUGUAGCAUAUAGUUGACACAAUCAUGUCAUAUAUAAUGACCAUAUCAGACUAUGUUAUGCACUGUACGGAUGUUAUACUGUAAGGAAGAAAGACAAUCAUAAAUAUAAUGGAUUCUAUUCUUUGAAUGCAACAUCCAGUCACACAGUUCAAUAUUCCUCCGUUUAUCAUGUCUUGAGUGUCGUCUUCAAUGUUUAGGGAACGUUGAAACUUCAGGUUGUGACUGACAUCAGCUAUUGGACAUGGAUCGGUCAAUGAAGUCGAGAUGAUCUGGGUUUCACACAUUCCUCCUGAUCAUUUCAAGAAUGGCUGUUUGCUGGACGCUAAAUGGAGGUGUGCUUUGUUUUAGCGUCUCAAGUCCUCAAAUAUGGUUCUCUGAGGUUAAAAAGCAUCUAUUUUCUUCCCAGAAGUAUGAUUGUACGUUUCCACCAUGUGUGUUUGUUUUAUAAACAGCAUCUUGAAGUAAAUGUCAUGUUAGUGGUCAGAUGUUGUCUCUGUUUUGUGACCAAGUUCCAAAUGUGACUCCAAAUAUGCAAAGAUUAAUAAUAAUAAUAAUAAUAAUGAUAAUAAUUAACGUACGUUUGAGUCCUCCUUGGCAUUUAUAUACGGAUUCUGGCUCAGUUGGCUUGAUUGAAAUCCUGAUGUAACGUUUUGUUGUUUAAGGUGUCUGUCCUGCGUCACGUGUCUCUGUUCCAUGGUGGUGCACUAUUGAUAUUGUUUUUCUGCUGUAAAGUUCAUCUGUUCAUGUCAGUUUAGUUCUUUUUCAUUAUGAUCACUGCCUCUUUAACCUCCGCCAUAUCAGUGUGUAAUGACACUAGUAUGUGCCAUUGAUGGAUAAAGGCACAUGUGUUUUGUCCGUCUAGGAUCUCAGCACAAGACAGUGAGUUUCUAACUUAACAGUCAGUGUUUCCAUUAUCAAUAUCACUGGACAUAUUUCACACAUGGAAACAGACUGUUUUCUUACCUGGCUAAUAAAAUGUACACUAACAUUUCUAUAUGAUUUAAUCUGCAUCUUGCACAAGUGGUGCACAGAUGUACCUGAAUAUAAGGUUGCUGUCAUAGUAAGAUCAACUAUUGUGUGCCAACCUGAUGUUUUAACCAAAUCCACUGGUUCUGUUUGGGUAAAUCUAUGCAACAUGCAUUAUGUUCUUUGAAUGCAUAAACCUUAACAUGCGACGUCAAGCGAGUGUCUGAAUAUAUGUAUAUCUGUUAAAGAAAAAAAAAAGAAAUUAUAUGAAUAUUGUAUAGUGUUUUUUUUUUUUUUUUUUUUUUAUUACUUCCACUUUAUGGCACAGUACAUUUUACUCAUAUGCACUUUACAUUAUUGUUUUCAUAGGUUUCAAAAUGUAAUCGUAAAUAAUGACAAAAUAAAUAUGCUGACCUGAAAAUUUAAAUUUUUUUUUUUGUUUGUUUUUUUGUAAAAGGUAAAAAAAUAUAUAUCUGUGCAGAUUUUAAAUGUAAGAAUGCAUAUUUUGUUGUGCAUAGUUAUGAUGGCCUAUUAAAACCUGUAAAAAGUGUCAUCAGUUUUAUUUAGAUCAUCACACCUUUCAAAGUGUGAUUUUUUUUUUAUGUUUUUUUUUUUUUUAGUUGUUCCCUUUAAACAAGCACAUUCAUUCAAUCUGUUUAACUGCUAAAUAUAAACUUUUAUUCUAAUAUUACCCCAAUCCUUUUUAAAAUCAUGAUGCGUUUGAUGAAUUCACUUGCUGUAAACCGUGUGAAUGUGAUUUGGUUAUUUUUUGAUUUUGUAAAUACAUAGGAUAUUUUCUACGAGAAGAGGUCUAAAUAUUUAUUUGGCCUGACGUUGAGCAUGUGAUUGUGAUCAAGGUCAAACUCCGUCUGUACAUAUUGUAUUUGUCUAUGUAAGAAAGUAAUAUCUGGAUCAUUUUGAAAUCAUGUGUUCGAUCAAUCCAUUCCAACCUGUUUGACAAAAUCAACAACAUCUCUCAGAAUUAAAACAAGAUGGUUUAAAAAUUAAAAAAGGAAAAAAGACGACACAAAAUUCCCUGUCAAAUUGAAUGGUUGACAAAGAGUUUCUAUGUUUUCACAUAGAUGUUGCAUGUUUUGUUAGAUGUAUGUUGAUAUAUUUUGCCUCCGGAUUCAGUUUAAAAAGAAAGAAAAAUUGAACACAUCAUCUGAAGUUGUAUGCGGACUGUAAAAAUGCUUGUAAAACGAGUCUUGUUUUUCAUUUCGUGUAAAAAAAAAAAUAGAAGACAAA